AUGGACCCACGAAAUCUUGAAAAACAACGCGAGCCAGAGGAGCCACGCUUCCUCAACUUUCCACAUCUCCCUGAUGAUGCAAUGAGGGAUGGAAAGCCUGCAUUGAACAAAUACUCAUCUACUCUCACUACCGGCCACAAUUUUCCAGGAGCUCAGGCUAUGCUCUAUGCAGCCGGCGUGCCAUCGAGAGAAGCGAUGAAGACGCAACCUCAUGUAGGAAUUGCGAGUGUGUGGUGGGAAGGAAACCCAUGCAACAUGCAUUUGUUGGAUCUCGGAAAAGAGAUCAAGAAACAUGUCCUGAACGACCAAAUGCUCGCAUGGCAAUAUAACACUAUUGGAGUAUCAGACGGUAUCACCAUGGGCGGAGAAGGGAUGCGAUUUUCACUUCAAACCCGCGAAAUUAUAGCAGACAGCAUCGAAACAGUGACUUGUGCCCAGCAUCACGACGCCUGCAUCGCGAUUCCAGGGUGUGACAAGAAUAUGCCUGGUGUGAUCAUGGCCUUUGCUCGACACAACCGCCCAUCUCUCAUGGUGUAUGGCGGCUCGAUCAUGCCAGGCUACUCCAAGACGUUGAAAAAGCCCAUCAACAUCUCAACUUGCUACGAGAGCCAUGGCGCCUACAUCUACAAGAACCUCAAGAGCGCCGAAGACGGCAAGUUUUCGCCAGAUGAGAUCAUGGAAGAUAUUGAGAGGAAUGCGUGUCCAGGAGCUGGAGCGUGCGGUGGCAUGUAUACUGCGAAUACGAUGUCUACCUCCAUUGAAGCAAUGGGACUCACUCUGCCCAACUCAUCGACGACUCCUGCAGAGUCACCCGCGAAAAUGCGAGAAUGCGCCAAAGCGGCGGCCGCGAUCCGCGUCUGCAUGGAGAAGAACAUUACACCCCGCAAACUGCUCACUAAAGCUAGCUUUGAAAACGCACUCGUUAUGAUGAUGGUUUUAGGCGGUUCUACAAACGCCGUCCUGCAUCUCCUCGCCAUGGCAGGAACAGCCGGCGUCCCAUUAACGCUCGAUGAUUUCCAGCGCGUAUCCAACAAGAUCCCAUUCCUCGCCGACCUCGCUCCAUCAGGGAAGUACUUCGCCGCCGACCUCUUUGAUAUUGGCGGUAUGCCGAGUGUAAUGAAACUGCUCGUCGCGGCUGGUCUGCUCGACGGCUCCAUCCCUACCGUAACAGGCAAAACACUAGCAGAGAACAUUGAACCCUACCCCUCUCUCCCACAGGACCAAACCCUCAUCCGCUCCUUGGACAACCCUAUCAAGGCCACAGGUCACAUUGAGAUUCUGCGCGGUAACCUCGCGCCCGCGGGCGCUGUUGCAAAAAUCACCGGAAAAGAGGGCCUAGUCUUCAGAGGCAAAGCAAUGGUCUUCAACAAAGAGCAUGGCCUCGACACUGCCCUGAACGAUGGAAAGAUUCCCCGAGGCGAAAACAUCGUCAUCGUCGUGCGCUACGAAGGACCCAAGGGCGGGCCAGGCAUGCCCGAACAACUCAAAGCCAGCGCUGCGAUAAUGGGUGCUGGACUUACUAACGUCGCUCUGAUUACCGAUGGGAGGUACUCUGGUGCCAGCCACGGAUUCAUUGUCGGGCACAUGUGUCCUGAAGCCGCGGUUGGUGGGCCGAUUGCCGUGGUGCAGAAUGGUGAUGUGAUCACGAUUGAUGCGGAGAAGAAUCGCAUCGAUAUGGAUGUCAGCACCGAGGAGAUUGCGAGGAGACUGAGUGGGUGGAAGGCACCUAGUAUGCCGGUGACGCGAGGUGUACUGGCCAAAUAUGCGAGAUUGGUUGGGGAUGCGAGCCACGGGGCUAUGACGGACUUGUUCUGA